CACAUGCACUUGCCCACUUGUCUAGAGUGUGGUAAAGGAUGACCAGUCUGACCAUAGCAAUGAAGACCACGUCUGUAUAGACCAAUGCCUGUUUUUUUUCUACCAGUGAACUCUCUUUGAAUUUGUCUUUGUAGUGACAUAUAUACACACACACACACUCAGCCCUUAAUUUUCCUGAUUGAGCUGAGCCACCAUCCUUUUUUUGUGUGUGUGUGUCAGUAAACCUAUGAGUAUGCUACUGCUCCAGACAGCACCGAUAUUUGUGCUCAAAAGCCUAUCCACUAGUUAUGCAUGGAUGAACUACACGUUGAAAACUGUGAUGUGUGCAGCGAUGGUUGUAAUAGGAGUAGAUGUGGUGUUUUAGGGCUAAUUCUGUCAUAGUAGAAACCUACAUUUUUGAACCCACUUACUGUCCUUAAUGCUUUAACCUGAUGUCCAACUCACCCAGCUUUUGUAAUGCAUUAGAUGAGCAGUAUAUGUGUCAUUGUCACAUAAGAAAUUUUAAGUGCCACUGCAUUUGAAGGAGACAAAAUAAAGCUGGUGAUCUUUUUCACCCGAAGAUUUGGCAGUUUUAUGUAUUAAUGGUUGCUUUGUGAGUAUAUGAAACAAGUAAUAGUUCUACAGCACCACAGUGCCAUGUGUUAAGCUGCCACAGAUCCUAACAAGAAGUGUGAUGUGUCUGAGUUGUUUUAAUGGCAGUUGGGUUGAUUAAACUAGUUUGAAAUCCUGCGCAUGUUUUAACACCAUCUGAGUGAGGUGUGUGAAGAGGUCUGCCGUUCUCCUAACCCGCAUGGAUGUGGAAUUCUGUCCAUGCACUUGUGGCAUUUCCGAAAUCAACUUAAGCCCCUUUUCUCCUCAGCUGCUGUUGCUUCAGUUCCUGCUGGCUCUCAGCCAAAGGCCAUAGGGGCUAAGGCUGACUCAUCUCCACACACUUCUGCCCCCAAGCCUGUUCCCAUGGGCCGCCGGAAGCGCACCUCGCUUUCUGCUUCUUCCUCAUCUCCCAUUUCACCCAAAUCAGCCUCUGGCCCUCGAGCCACUCCACCUUGUUCUCCACUAGCAUCUCCUUCAGCUCGCUCCCCAGGUGCAGGGAAACAUGAGACACCUAAGGUUGUGAAGGCUGGUAAACAGGCAAAAUCCAAGAAAGCAGAUUUUAAAGUUGCUGAACCUCAGCAGGUAACCCUACCUUCUGCUGCACCCUCAGAGGCAAAAACAGCACACAAGUCUUCUCCAACCUCUCCCAAGGUGGCCACUCUACCAGUAGAGGGUGCAGCUACUGCCUCUGUGUGUCCUAAAGCUGCUGGCGUAGCUCCACUGGAGGCAAAACCAGUGAACAAUGAAUCGGUUACCUUAGCUCCAGCAGAAUCAAAACUGGUUAAAGGUGCAGGUCCUGCAGCUGCAUCUCCUCAAUGUACCACUGCUUCUCAAGUGAAGGCAAAACAGGUGAAGGGUGCAGCAGCUGCUCCAGUGAAAGCAGAGGCACCUGCUAAAGAUGUCCCAGCUCCAGUGGAGGCAAAACCAGAGAAAGUUGAAGCAACUACCUCAACUUCAGAUGGGGUAAAGCCAUCAAAGGAUGCAGGCCCUGCAGCAGCCUCUCCUAAAGGUACUAUUGCUGCUCCAUGGAAGGCUAAAGAGGAGAAAGUGAAAACUUCUCCAGUGAAAGCUGAAGCACCAGCUUUAGCAAAAGAUACAGUUGAGGCAAAACCAGUGAAAGGUGAAGUGGUUGCCCUGACUCCAGUUGAUGUUGUGAAAGGUGCUGCACCAGCUUUGGCAAAAGAUGUUGCCAAAAUUUCAGUGGAGGCAAAACCAGUCAAGAGUGAAGCGUCUGCCCUGACUCCAGUUGAUGUGAUGCAGGUGAAGGGUGCUGCAUCUGCACCAGCCUCAGUUAAAGAUGUUGCUCCAGUUGAGGCAAAACCAGUGAAGGGUGAUGCAGCUGCAACCCCAACUCCAGUUGAUGUGAUGCAGGUCAAAGGUGUUGCAUCUGUGCCAGGAACUUCUCAAGUGGCUGUCCCUGCUACAGUGAUUGCAAAACCAUUAGAGGGUCUAGCACCUACUCCAGUGUCUCCUAAAGCUACUGUAGCUCCUGAUGCAUUUAAAGUAGUUUCCAAGUCAGCUGCCCACGCACCCAAAUCAUACUCUGAGGCUGUGGCAUUUUGCCCACCUAAGGUACCAGAUAUGCCAAAGGUUGUUCAUGAGGCCCCAGUAGUACCUAAGGGUGCUGAAGUCCCAAAGGUUUCUGCCAUUGUUCCAGAAACCCCUAAGGUUACUGAAGUCCCAAAGGCUUCUGCCGUUGUUCCAGAAAUCCCUAAGCUUGCUGAAGUCCCAAAGGCUUCUGCCAUUGUUCCAGAAACCCCUAAGAUUGCUGAAGUGCCCAAAGCUGCUCCUGAAUCUCCUAAGGCUCAGUCUGUACCUGCCUUAUCUCCAGUGCAAAAAGCAAAGUCCGCUCCAGUCGCUGCUUCUAAAGAAAAUGCAGAGGCCCGCAAAAAGAAGCCAAGUGUUGGGCCAUCUACUGUUAUGGCAGCAACUCCUCUUCAGUCUUCCAUUUCACCUCUGGAGGAGGAGGAUGACCUCCCUCCACUUAUUCCUCCUGAGAAGCCUUCGACAAUGCCUGUUUUCCAACCGCAGCCUGUAGUUGAGGUUCCACCUAAAGUAGAGCCGUUAGUUAAAGCUAUCGUGCCCCCAGCUGGUCCUGCAACCACUGUAACACCUGCUAAAACUCAGCCUGACCCUACACCAGUUAAAGCAGCAUCUAAACCGGAACCAGUAAUCAAGAAUGACAAGGGUAUUUCUCUCUGUUCAUCUUUGUUUCUGUGCCUUUGUCAUGAACUGUAGGUUUGACUUACUUCUACUUUUAUUCCCCCAAUAUAGUCAUGGUGACUGCACGAUUUAAUUCUUUUUUUUUAUUAUUCUUGUAAUGAGAGUUUCCCCGGUGAACAUACUGUGAGGAGCUGUGACAAAUUGAGCAGCUUUAAAUAUGUGCCUACGAACAGGCAAAUACACUUAGCUAUUUGGUUGGGUGGAAAAAAGAGGAGUACUUUAAGGUCUGUGCUACAAUAAAUAUGUAAAUAUAGAAACAUACUUUUGCCAUUUUGUGGGAUAUAUUUUCUGCGGUUCAAUCUCAAAUAUGCUCUAUGCAGCGUGUAGAAUACAAAUGUUAUAGCCUAGGUAGUGCACAUAAGUACUAAGCUGGAAUUCAGCAGGGCAUACAUAUGAAUUCUGUAAAGAAAUAUAGAUAUUUGUUUUUUUUUUUCCCCCCCUCUAUGAUCAGUAAUAAUUUAUUUGCAUUAGGGAGAGUCAUAUUGGCAUUAUUGACAGGCAUGCACAUCACCUUUUUUUAGUCUGGUUCUCAGGAGACCACUUUGAGAGUUUGUAUGGUACUCACCCACACAGUGGUCCCCCCAUAGGUCUGACUAAGCCUCAUCCUCCUCACUGUCUGCCUCACUGUCUUCCAUUUGAAUUAUAGUACAUGAUGAUGGACUUGCUGCUUCUUGGAUUGUGGAAGAUGAUGCACUUCCUUGAUUGAGCCUGCAAUGGGCUGUUUGCAUCCCUAGGUCUAUAACUGACUUUGAGUCAAAUGUUUGUGGUCGUGUUUGACAAGUGGAUGUGCAUCAGGGCUCAGAGACAAGUAUGUGACAGACGGGAUCUGUGCUUGUUUUUUAUUAUGUUGAGAUGUGUAAACCCCCUCACAAGCUCCAUUGCUUAAAGUAAGGGACAGCUUGAUUAUCUUUUCGGUAUUGGAGUAACAAUCUGGAUUACUUGUAUUAACUACCUUGACUAAAUCGUACACAGGACACUGCCAACAUUUUCCUGCUUGCUUUAAACGCAUCCAUUCUCUUAUAAUUGAGUCUCGGUCAAGAGAAUGGUGCUGAUCGUUGUAUUGCCAAAACUGUGGAGGUCUUGCAUUUAUUGCGGCCUAGUGGAAGGAUCAAAAACUUAGUUAUCACAUGACUUUAGAGAUCCAUAUCUGUUUCAGACUCUCCAGUUAAACCUGAGUAAAUCAGUUUUGUCCUUGUCAUCAUCAGCAUUGGAAGUGGUGAGAUUCGUAUGCUGGCCUUCACCAUCAAACAAAAGUGUGUACUGUCCAAUGGCUAGCAUGAGUUCAUCUUUACAUUCUCCUAUGGUCAGCUUUUCCUGCUGAAACCUUUGUGAGGUUCAUGCUGCCAAUGUCAAGCAUGUUGGCCAGAAAACACUGAACGCACUGUGCAGAUGUGUUGUCAUCCGUUAUAGCCAGUUGCAUUUGAAUGGUGGGUAAAAGUCUUGAUAUUUUCAACAGUGUUUUGUGCCUCCAUGCAGACCAUCUGAUAUUGUGAAACUUUGCUAAUUUCAAAAAGGAGUUGCCAUUCUUAUCAAACGACUUCUUUAGCACUUCAGCAUUUUUGUGCUCCACCUUUUAUGUAAAUAAAAUUGCAGCAGCUUGACAACAGGACGAUUAAACAUAUCAGUAUGAAACCGUGUGAUUAGCUGACUUUGUGCAGUGCACAGAAUAUACACAAGGGAAUCCCCAAUCGCAAACAUUUGCCGUAGAUUUGGGAGAAUGCAGUUGUACGUACCGACGUUGACCACAGCACUGUCUGUCCUCCAUUCAUCCAAGCCUGAGUCAUGGAAUAGAUUGACCAGCCCACUCGUUAUUUCCCAUGCUGUUCGUUUAGCACCCAGUUAAGGAAAUCAACGGUGAGCUCUCCGUUGGUGGUCAGACACGAUAAACAAUUUCCAGCUCCGUUUUUAUGUCCUCCCAUCUGUCAAAAAGUAGACCCCAAAAUUCAGCUGAUUUCAACUUUUCCCCUCAAAUACAAGUACUAGUCAGUGCUAUGCUUUGAAUUAUUCGCGUUCCCCCUUCACGUGAAUGAUCUGCCCCUCCGACAUUCACUCCUAGUCUUUUUAAUAAUGCCAUAUCCUCAGCAUACGAAGACAUAAGACGUGUGUGUUUAGCUUUAUGGAAGGCCACGAGGAAACAUUACACAGAGCCAUCUGUUGCUCUUCAUUCACCUCGUUUUGCCAUCUAGCAAGUGGGUAACUGGAUAUUUCAUCUUAACUAGCUUGUGUUAUUAAUAGCUUGUACUACAUUUGUAUGAUCCUUACUCGUUUCAUGCUUAUCAAACACUGGAUGACUGAAAUUCUUUGUCCCUGCAUAGAAGGCACUAGUUUUGUCUGCUAGGUGGGGAUGUGAGUGGCAUACCUUACACCACAUUUGUCUGCGCUCAUCGUCAGAUUCCAGCCAUGGCACUUCUUGAAGCCACUUCUGAGAGAACUCUCUUCUCUCGAGCUGACGUUUUUUCUGAGGUGGAGGAAUGCCAGAGAAGUUGCUUAACGUCUGUUGUUUUUUGGACAUCUCUCACAGUAUUACACUUAGUCAAUCCAAGAUGGUGACUGUAUUUACAGCUAUUGGUAUGCAAAUGAGUGGUCUAAGAUAGUUAACCCUGUGCAUUUUUUACUUCUGUCACACAUGCGCACCAGUUAUGUGCGCUCCUGAUUAUUGGUGAAUAAACUUGAAAAAGUGUUCCGGUUCAUGCCCACUGUAUUAAUAAAUUUUUAAAUAAUGCUUUCUUAACAAUUGCUAGGGAUGGUGGGCCAUGUACAGAUAUUUUAGAUUAAAUGUAAUACAAUUAUAUAAUUAUUUACAAUAUAAUAGUAGGUUUUAAAUUCAGUGUUAAUAUUUUAUGUGAAACUAUACUCCUCUAGUGAGGAAAUUAGUCACUGGCCAAUCUUUUACUCCUAAACAAAUUUUAUUCCGAGCUUUUUUACAUGUGCGUUUAAAUUAUUAGUGUAGCAGACUAACGUAAUGUUACUUUAGCACUGCAUUCUGUUUUCUUAGCUGGCUUUUGUAUGUUUGACCUGUUAAUCCUUUACAUUAAGUAGCACCUGGGUUUUAUG